AUGGCCGUCUUUCCGAAACCACGGGACAAGGACUGCCACCCACAACCUGACGUUGACCUCUGUGCAAGACCUUGGAUCUCGUCGCAGCAAAUCACUUGGAUUAUCGUUGGCGUUGUGCUUGGUCUCGUCCUCGUCGUCACAGGAAGCCUCCUCCUGUACUUCCACCUCCGGCGCAAGCGGCGGGAGAAGAGCGAGGAUAUGGAAGACCGCUUCCAAAUGGCCGACUACGGACUGGAUGAAGUUCCGGCAGUGGGAGCGGGGCGGAAAGAAGGGACCACCUCAAGCAGCAACGGUUCGCCGGUCGGGUUUGGCCGACGUUCUCGUGAGCCCCUCCAAACGGGCUCCGAACCCAAAUAUCCACCACCAGGGCAUCUCCACGACAGCCACCUUGCGCCUUUUGAUGAGCUUUCCUCUCAGUCCGGCGACAAAGGCUCGUAUCCGCCAAGUCACAACCCUACCCGGUCUCAGCGGGAAAGCAGUCAGCCGAGGAAAGCGACAGUGGAGGAUGAAUGA